GUAAGCCCGGAAGGACUUCGAUUAGAUGGCCGUCGUCCCAUGGAAAUGAGGAAAAUUCGAGCAGAGAUUGAUGCAGUUGCGAAAGCUGAUGGGCUCAGCUCUGCUGUUUUCGAGAUGGGGAACACCAAAGUCAUUGCUGCAGUCUAUGGGCCUAGAGAGGUCCAAAAUAGUAGCCAACAAAUUACUGACCAGGCACUGGUGCGGUGUGAGUACAGCAUGGCCAAUUUUAGCACAGGAGACUGCAUGAGAAGGGGUGACAGUUCUACCCUCUUUCACCCACUUUUAUGCCAUGUCUCAUAAUCAAAAUUUUGAUUAGUUGUUCAUGUUCCUGAUUGUGAAGGAUCUGAACUUGUAUGCUUGUUAUACCGUAAUUAGCUAUUCCUAUUGAAACUCAGAGUCUAAAUGGUGCUGAAAGAAAAUAUGUAUAGCCAAAUAAAUAGGUAUGAAAGUCAAAACUUUAAAUGGUA